UCGAUUGUUCUUCAACUAUUAUGAGUUGGUUUUUUUUGGAGGAGAUGAAAUGGUCUUUGAGAAGGAGGAAACAUAGGGGUUUUGUCCACCAAGGCACCGCACCACCAGAAGCAGCAUCAACCAUGCUUCUAUCCAUAGGAAGAAGUCCUUCAUAAAAAUAUUGAAUAAGUAAUUGAUCAUUGAUUUGAGGGUGUGGACAGUUCUCUAUAUUUUUGGAAAAGGAAAGUUAACGGAAGUAAGUUUGACGAUAUCAAACGACAGAGGACGUUAGUGUUGAGUUACAAAAUAGAUGGGGCGUGGGUUACAUUUGCACAAAUAUCUCACAGGAGCCUCAAAUUCUACAACUAACCACACACCUUCACCAAGACUCUCUCUCUCUCUCUCUCUCUCCAUGGAAGCUGAAGCACACAAAGAGCAAGAAAAUGAACUUGUCAUCCAAACACAUGCACUCAAAAUAGGCCACAACCAAGAAGAACACUCUCCUAAACACCAACAAAAAGAAGACACCACACUACAACCGGAGCAAGAAAAAGCGUUUCUCAUCCAAACAUUUGAACUCAAAAUCGAAGACAACCAACAAGAAGCGUACUCUCCGACGCACCAACAACAAGAAGAGACCAACAACAACAUCGAUUCUCCGCCACCACUACCAUUGGAUAAAGUGGAAGCAAUUAUAGGAUACGAGUUUAAGGAUAAGCACUUAUUGGAAGAGGCUUUCAUUCAUAUCACAUACGGAGCUGAAAAUAACUUAUCUUAUGAGCGGUUGGAAUAUAUCGGUGACGCUGUCCUUAACAUCGUAAUAACAAAGGAACAGUUUUUCUCCUAUCCUAAUCUGAAACCAGGUGAUUUGACAUCAUUACGAUCCAAGAAUGUUGACACCGAAAAGCUUGCACGGGUCGCUGUUAAACUCGGGUUAGAACGUUAUUUGAGGCACAAAAAACCUAUGCUUCAUGAGCAAAUUCAAGCAUUUAUUGAAGCAAUUGAAGAAUAUCCUGUACAUUCCAAUGGGUUGAUCGACGUGCCUAAAGCUCUAGCCGAUAUUGUUGAGUCAACCAUUGGUGCUCUCUAUAUUGAUUGUGACUCCCUUGAUAUUGUGUGGAAGGUUUUUAGGAAACUACUUGAACCUAUAAUUGAGCCAGACACUGUUCAAAAGCACCCCCUCACCGAGCUUAAUGAAUAUUGUCAAAAGAAAAAAUUCAAUUUACAAUUUGUGGACUUGUGGGAAGAAUCUAAGAGCAUUGAUGUCUUUAUAGAUGAGAAAUUUUUUGGAAGAGGCACUUAUGGCUCUAAAAAAGAAAUUGCACGUCAUAGAGCAGCACAAAAUGCCUUGGAGAAUAUAGGAAAGGUGCCAAGUAUAAGCACCUCUACAGUUGAGGAUGCUCUUGCAGAUUGAUGAUUAUAAAUAUGCUUGUGUUUGAUUUGUUUUAUUUUAUUGUGUGGCUUUUAGGAUAAACAAGUGUGGUUAAAUUUGUGUACUGUGUAUCAUACACAAUAAGAGUUUAAAACUAAAUUGUUUAGAUGUAUGAAGGACAAACCUACUAUUAUUGUUUGUGGUUUAGUAUAAAUUUAUAUUUACAUCGUAGUCCCUCAAUCA